GUCCACGAAUCCCUGCCAUUGUGGCGGGACGUCGGAUUGAGCCCGAGACAUCAUCGCAACCGCCAUUUAUUUUGAACCACAUCACUCUUCAGCGUAUAUUAUCAUCACUUGAGCCGCAGAAAAUAUGGACCCAGCAAGACAAGCUAUGAUAUACGGGCGUAAGUCACCCCCGCACCGCGACAUCACAUCUCCUAGACGCGAUCCAAACACCAGGAUCUCGAAGCCCAAUCAGCCCACACGGCCCAACAACACCAAACCGGCUGCUGCGAGCAGGAAAUACCAGACCGAAGAUGAGCAGGCGCGGCAGUUCGUAGCCGACGAAGACAAGUUCGUGCUGAAGCAAGCCAAGAAGAAGGCCGACAUCCGCGUGCGAGAAGGCCGAGCCAAGCCCAUUGACCUCCUUGCUUUCAACCUCCGAUACGUCGACACGGAUCGGGAUGUCUUUGACGACGACGAUGCCGACGUCGAAAUCGACGUACCUGCGCCGGAUGCCGUAAUCGAGAGCCUUGACGAAACCCAACUGGACGAGCUCGAUGGCGACAUCACCCCAUACCACACGCUCGAGACAAACAGCAGGAACAGGGAAUACUGGACUGCGCUGCGAGCACUAUGCUUGGACAGGAGACAGAAGCUCAAGCCCAUGGCGCCUGAGGAACGUGCAGUCAGCUCUGUCGGGGCCGAUGUCGAUAAGAUCCUGGGGCCCAAGAAUCUAGAGCAGCUCGAAAAACUCGAAGGUCAGAUCAGGGCCAAACUAUUGUCGGAUGAGGCCGUGGAUACGGACUACUGGGGUCAACUCCUCAAGAGCUUGACCAUUUUCAAAGCCAAGGCCAAGCUCAAAAACGUCUACAAGGAAAUCAAGGAGGCCAGGGUGCAGCGACUCCAAGAACGGAAUCCAGACAAGGCCAGAGCGCUCGCCGUAUCCAAAUUAGAGGUGACGGUAAGCGAGAAAUGUGUGGGUGUGCCUGCACAAUCUGUUUCGACGUCCAAGGCCAGCGCAGCGAUCAUCCCAACUGUUCAGGCCAACUUAAGCGCGAGCGGGAGCAGUGCGGCACCGGGAACUGCAAGAUUCUCCUCGGCUGGAAAUGAGGACUUCUCGCAAGCAACCAAGGCAUUGUACGAGCGAGAGGUUGCCCGGGGCAUCAGCGAGAACGAAGAGAUCUUCACUGCAGAGGAGACGGUUCUGAGUACGGCCAAGCCUCAAUGGGCCGACAAGUAUCGACCCAGAAAGCCGCGAUACUUCAAUCGCGUGCAGAUGGGGUACGAGUGGAACAAGUACAACCAGACACAUUAUGACCACGACAACCCCCCACCCAAGGUAGUACAGGGCUACAAGUUCAACAUCUUCUAUCCCGACCUCAUCGACAAGACAAAGGCCCCUACGUUCAAGAUCAUCCGGGAGCAUGGCCGACGGAGGGGCGAGUCCUUUGCUCCAGCGGGCGAGGAGGACACCUGCCUGAUCCGCUUUGUUGCAGGUCCACCCUACGAGGAUAUUGCCUUCCGCAUCGUCGACCGCGAGUGGGACUACAGCGCAAAGAAGGACCGUGGCUUUAAGAGUAGCUUUGACAAGGGUAUCCUCCAACUGCACUUCCAGUUCAAGAAGAUUUAUUACCGAAAGUAGUGCUGGCGGCCCUCUAUUAAGCCGGCAUUCGAAGAGAAGUAAGCGACGAAUAAUCAGGGUGGUUCGCCUGCUGGAGUUCAUGUUCAGUUAUAAUUAGAAUGGAUGUCCACUACUAGUUGAGGAUAUGCCAGCUUCGUCUGCUGGCGGAAAUCACCGUUACCCUUUUCGUCACUGGCAUCAGC